AUGGCCUCUCCAAACUCGCGACAAAUGUCUUUCGACCCUGCAAACGUCGACCUCACCACGGCCAGCAAGGAAGAUGUUCUCUGCUACUUUGCUGUUUCAGAAAAUGACUACAACGGUCACCUUGGUGCCCGCAUAUCUUCCAUCUUCGUGAUCCUCUUUGUUUCCUCUGCCUUUACCGUCUUCCCUGUUCUGUCCAAGCGCAUGCCGAGUUGGAAAAUUCCACAGGGCGUCUAUCUUUUCGCCCGAUAUUUUGGCACCGGUGUUAUUAUCACUACCGCUUUUAUCCAUCUCCUUGAUCCAGCCUACAAACGCAUCGGUCCCAGAACCUGUGUCGGUGAAUCUGGAUACUGGGCCGAGUACUCGUGGUGCGCAGCUAUCGUCCUAGUCUCAGUGGUUGUUAUCUUCCUUGUAGACUUGGCUGCGGAGGUUUAUGUGGAGCAUAAAUACGGUGUCCACAGGGACGAAGAAGCAACCAAUGUCUUCAUCAGCCAGGAACAGCAGGAUGUCCUGUCACCAAAACAAGCAACUCCCACACCAAAGGACGAGGAAGGCACAGAGACAUGGUCAUCACAAGGCUCCGUCACCGCUGAACGCUCCUUCAGACAACAGAUUGCCGCUUUCCUCCUCCUGGAAUUCGGAAUUAUCUUCCACUCCGUCAUAAUUGGUCUGAACCUCGGCGUGACAGGCUCAGAAUUUGCGACCCUGUACCCAGUCCUCGUCUUCCACCAAUCCUUCGAAGGGCUUGGUAUCGGCGCGAGAAUGUCUGCCAUCCCGUUCGGGAAACAUACCUGGUUGCCGUGGAUUCUGUGCGCCGCUUAUGGAUUGACGACUCCUGUCUCCAUCGCGAUCGGUCUCGGUGUGCACACUACCUAUACUCCCGGGUCAAAGGUUUCGCUUAUCAUUCAAGGUGUGUUGAAUGCCGUCUCCGCCGGUGUCCUGAUAUAUACUAGUCUUGUGGAGUUAUUGGCUAGAGACUUUUUGUUUGAUCCCUGUCGGACUAAGAGGAGAUCGAAGUUGCUGUUUAUGGUUUGCUGUACUUUGUUGGGGGCUGGUAUCAUGGCGCUUAUUGGAAAGUGGGCUUAA